AUGGCUAGUGUUCUUAAUGACUCCGAAGAGCAACGUUUUUUGGAUAGAAUUCGUUGUAUCACAUAUCGUGAAAUACGCGAUGAGAUGAUCGCAAGAACAGGAGAUUCAUUUAUCACUCGUCAAUGGAUCGCCGAAAAACUAGGUCGCAGCGAACGCUGGGUGCAACGGCACUGGGAUAAAACAACUGAAGAAUGUUAUACACAAUUUGGAAGUGGUCGACCUGAAAUACUUACCCAGGAGAGUAAAGACGUUAUCAUUUCUGCAAGUGGUAUCAGGGGCGGUAGUUCUCGAAAAGUUGCAAGAGAAAUUUUGGAGAAAACAGGACAGCGCGUUAGUCAUAUGACUGUUUAUCGUGAACGUUAUCGACAAGGAUUAAAACCUUUUCAUGUGAUUGCAAAGCCAUUAAAGACAGAUACGCAUAUUGAAGAUCGGAAAUGGCUCGCAAAAUUUGUUGCUGAUUGGACUGAAGAAGAUUUUCUGCAUAUCGCACCUUCGGAUGAGUUUUAUAUUUACGUUAUCAGAAAACCAAACCACCAGAACGACAGAAUUUGGGCAAGAAGUAUCGAAGACAUCAGCACCGAUGAAAGGUACCGUGAAAUGAUUCCGAAUGCAAGGUGUAUCGGAAUAUUUUUGAUGUUCACUAUCAAGAAACUUCUUUGGGUCUUGAAGGAGCAGGGGCAGUCUUGGGAUGGUGCCUAUUUUCGUGAAAUUAUUCUUCAACAACAUGUGAUUCCAUUUCUUCGAAACCCAAACAAUGUACUUGACACAGAUGAAGUCAUACUUCUUCACGAUAAGGCACCCUGCAUGAAAGCCAAUGCAACACAACACUUUCUGGAGGAUGAGGGCGUGAAGUUUUGGGGUAAUUCAGUUUGGCCUGGUAAUAGUCCUGACAUGAAUCCUGCAGAGAACAUCGGUGCUAUUAUCAAAGACAGAGUUGAAGAUUUAAUGGCAAGUGAAGAUCGUCAAAACAGACACAGUUAUGAUGUUCUCAAAACUAACAUUGAGAAGACACUUAUGGAUAUUGAAGAUGACACGGAUCUUUUUGUUGAUUUAUUGUGCUCAAUGAGAAAAAGAUUUGAUGCUCUUGAAGCUGCCGGAGGAGGUCAUACAAAUUUCUGA